AUGACUACGACGACCACCACCACCACAGCUACCACUAUUUCGACCGCUCCUCCGACUGCAUUUCCAAAAGAGGAGAAGAACGUAGAUUCGUUCGAUUGGUCAAAUUCGAAUCCGCUCCGUAUCGCAGAUAAUUUUGAGUUAGUUAAAAGUGGAGUCCAACAAUCGCUUCAUACAACAACAGGCACCACUGACAGUGACGAGUGGUGGAAAGAUGAUUUGAAAGGGCAGUCAGACCCCUCGGAAGACGAUUCGAAGAAAGACACGGAAUUGUCUGACGACGACGAUGAUGAUCCUAAGAUAUAG